ACCUUGCGCUGACAUUGCCGCACAGCAGUCAGCGGACGAAGAAGAUUCGCGGAUUACUCAGUGGAAUCGCAGCUCGGAGCUUGCUAGCACACACCAGGAACAUCCAGAAAAUCCAGAAAAAUCCCAAGAUGGCCUUCAACAAACUGAGCAUCGAGAACCUGGACUUGAGUGGCAAGCGGGUGUUGAUGCGAGUGGACUUCAAUGUGCCCAUCAAGGAGGGCAAGAUCACCAGCAACCAGCGAAUUGUGGCUGCCCUGGAUAGUGUGAAGUUGGCCCUGUCCAAGAAGGCCAAGUCCGUGGUGCUGAUGUCCCACUUGGGUCGUCCCGAUGGCAACAAGAAUAUCAAGUAUACGCUGGCUCCGGUGGCCGCUGAGCUGAAGACCCUGCUCGGCCAGGAUGUGACCUUCCUGAACGAUUGUGUGGGCAACGAAGUGGAGGCUGCCUGCAAGGAUCCCGCCCCGGGAUCUGUGAUUCUGCUGGAGAACGUCCGCUUCUACGUGGAGGAGGAGGGCAAGGGCUUGGACGCCGCCGGUGGCAAGGUGAAGGCCGAUCCCGCCAAGGUCAAGGAGUUCCGCGCCAGCCUGGCCAAACUGGGUGAUGUCUAUGUCAACGAUGCCUUUGGCACUGCCCAUCGGGCACACAGUUCCAUGAUGGGCGAUGGCUUCGAGCAGCGUGCUGCUGGUCUGCUGCUGAACAAGGAGUUGAAGUACUUCUCGCAGGCUUUGGACAAGCCACCAAAUCCCUUCCUGGCCAUUCUUGGUGGCGCUAAGGUCGCCGACAAGAUCCAGCUGAUCGAGAACCUGCUAGACAAGGUCAACGAAAUGAUCAUUGGCGGCGGCAUGGCCUUCACCUUCCUGAAGGUCCUCAACAACAUGAAGAUCGGCGGCUCGCUGUUCGAUGAGGAGGGCUCCAAGAUCGUCCAGAGUCUGGUGGAGAAGGCCAAGAAGAACAAUGUCCAGCUGCAUCUGCCAGUGGACUUUGUGUGCGGCGAUAAGUUUGCCGAGAAUGCCGCCGUAAGCGAGGCUACUGUGGAGUCUGGUAUUCCCGAUGGACACAUGGGUCUGGAUGUGGGUCCCAAGACCCGUGAGCUCUUUGCGGCGCCCAUCGCCCGCUCCAAGCUGAUUGUGUGGAACGGUCCUCCCGGCGUUUUUGAGUUCCCCAACUUCGCCAACGGCACCAAGUCCAUCAUGGAUGGCGUGGUGGCCGCCACCAAGAACGGCACCGUCUCCAUCAUUGGCGGCGGUGACACUGCCUCUUGCUGCGCCAAGUGGAACACCGAGGCCCUCGUCUCGCACGUCUCCACUGGCGGCGGCGCUUCGCUGGAGCUCCUGGAGGGCAAGACACUGCCGGGCGUGGCCGCUCUGUCCAAUGCCUAAAUCCAAAAAAAAAUAUACAGAUUAUUUAUGUUAAUCGCAUCGUUUAUCUUGUAAGCACAAAGUUGAAUCUAUUUGUUGCGGAACCAUAUAAUGCAUACGAAAUAAAGGAAUUCUCUAGUUUA